UGCAAGCGAGACAGUACGUGAACGCCAGGGGCACGGCGCAGUGCGCGGCGAGUUAUAAAUAACUGUGUGAUACCGAAGAGAGUGGGAUAGAGUGUGCAGUACGCAGGAUGUCAUCCAGAAAGCCAGAAUAUGAAAGUGUGGAAAAACUUUUAUCGCAACAUAUGCCGCCAGAUGCUCUGGCAGAGGUAAAGCGGGUAUUUUACGGCAAAGAAUUACAGGCUUUGAGUAUUCCCAACGAAGCUGAGAGACUUGCGCUGAAUUAUGGCUUCGAGAUUCAGGGUUACAAAUUCGAAGCCCGAACUGAGCAGCUGAGAGCACCCAGAGUUGUUCGAGUGGGCAUCAUUCAGAACCACAUCGUUCUUCCUACAAGUGCCCCACUGAAGGCACAAAGAGACGCGAUCCAUGAACGCAUUACAACGAUUGUGGAGGCGGCGGCUUUGUGUGGAGUCAACGUGCUAUGUUUGCAAGAGGCUUGGCCCUGCCCAUUUGUAUUCUGCACCAGAGAGAAGGAGCCCUGGUGUGAACUGGCCGAGUCAGCCGAGGACGGGCCGACUACGCAGUUGUUACGGCGUCUCUGCAAGCAACACAACAUCGUUAUUGUGUCCCCAAUUUUGGAACGAGAUGUGGACCAUGAAGAUAUCUUGUGGAACACUGCAGUUGUGAUAUCGAAUACUGGUCGGGUGUUGGGCAAGCACCGCAAGAACCACAUCCCCAGAGUUGGAGACUUCAAUGAGUCCACAUAUUACAUGGAAGGAGACACAGGACAUCCAGUUUUUGAAACCAGAUUUGGAAGGAUAGCUGUAAAUAUUUGCUAUGGUCGCCAUCAUCCACUUAAUUGGCUUAUGUUUGGAUUAAAUGGCGCUGAGAUCGUUUUCAAUCCAUCAGCAACUGUCGGUGAACUUAGUGAGCCCCUGUGGGGAGUUGAAGCACGUAAUGCGGCCAUUGCAAAUGGAUAUUUCACCUUUGCAAUUAACCGAGUUGGUACAGAGAUAUAUCCUAACGAAUUUUCAUCAGGUGAUGGACGUCCAGCCCACAAAGAUUUUGGCCAUUUUUAUGGGUCCAGCUAUGCAGCUGCUCCGGAUGGUAGCCGCACCCCAGGACUCAGUCGUCUUCAGGAUGGUUUGAUGGUGGCAGAACUGGAUCUUAAUCUUUGUCGACAGAUAAGAGAUUACUGGGGAUUCCCAAUGACGCAGCGGUUACCUCUUUAUUCAGAGUCUCUGAAUAAGUAUCUGUCACCUGGAUACAAACAGCAGAUCAUACUGGAAAAAUAAGUAUGUGACGAAGAGUGAUAUUACAUGGUAUCAGAAAAAUGUAGGUCUUUGUUAGAGAGACAGUACUGAAUAGCUGAACUGUAUGACUGUUGCUUAUAAACAGCUGACUGUGAGAUGUAUGAUCAUAGAUGCCAUCAUAUUAGACAGCUGAUAUUGUAAAUGAAGUGUGUGUAUCCUGGUUACUAAAUAAAGAUAAAUAAGGAAGAGCAGAACUUAUUGUUGAGAAUAAGUAGGGUAUGUGUGAUAUAUCAUCAUCAUCAUCAUCAUCAUCAUCAUCAUCAUCAUCAUCAUCAUCAUCAUCAUCAU